CGGAAGAGGCGGCUCCAGGAAGCGGCGGGCGCUGCUGAGUUCUGCUGGAUGGCGGCAGCUGGCGGGGCCCGACCCCGGGUGCUGGUGGUGGGCGCGGGGCUGGCGGGGCUCGGCGCUGCGCAGCGGCUCUCCAGCUCCCGAGCCUUCCCCCACCUGCGCCUGCUGGAGUCCACGGGCCGGGCCGGGGGCCGCGUCUGCUCCCAGCGAUUCGGUACCCGCCGGGCCCCGCGGGGAGCUGGGCCCCGACCCACCUGGCGGCUGUGCCGGGGUGUGGCUUCCUGGGGCAGGGCACUGGCGAGCUGGGCCAGACGCGGGGACAGCAGGCUGGUGUGGCAGGCUCUGGGACAGCGCCCCUCUGCGUCCAGCUGCCUCUUGCUCUGCGGCCCAGCAUGUGUCAGUGGGUGGGGGGAUUCCCCCGGGGCUCUUUGACACAGAAACCUGGCUCUGCCUUUGAGUGGCCUGUGGGUGAAUGAUCCCCUCCUGGAAACGUGCACCCUGAUCAUGACUAGGAGUGAAGUGGUGGAGAUGGGCGCACACUGGAUCCAUGGACCCUCCAAGGAGAACCCUGUCUUCAAGCUGGCGUCUGACUACGGGCUGCUGGACGAGGAAGCCAUGUCCGAAGAGAACCAGCAGAUUGAGGUGGGGGGCCACCCCUUCCUGCCCACGGUUUUCUACUCCAACGCAGGACGAGUCCUGAACCCAGAGCUGGGGGAGGGGGUGAGGAACCUGUUCUCCACCCUGCUGGACCAGACGUGUGAGUUCCUGCACAUGCUGCAGGUCUCCGUGCCCAGUGUGGGCGAGUAUCUGCGGAAGGAGAUCACUGAGCAGGUGAAGGAGUGGACGGACGAUGACGAAACCAAGUGGCUGAAGCUGGCCAUCCUCAACACGUACUUCAAGCUGGAGUGCUGCGUGUGUGGGACCCACAGCAUGGAUCACGUGGCGCUGGGGCCCUUUGGGGAGUAUGCCAUGCUCCCCGGCCUGGACUGCACCUUCCCUGGCGGCUAUGGAGGCCUGCCAGACUGCUUGCUGACCUCGCUGCCCAAGGAGAGCGUGGUGUUCCACAAGCCAGUGACGGCAGUUCGCUGGGGUGGCUCCUACCGGGAGGAGAGCCAAGAGGGGCGGACGUUCCCAGUCCAGGUGGAGUGCGAGGACGGCGAGAGGUUCCUGGCAGACCACGUCAUCGUCACAGUGCCUCUAGGGUUCCUUAAAGAGCAUCAUGAGACCUUUAUCGACCCUCCGCUGCCGCCCCAGAAAGCAGACGCCAUUAGACGGCUGGGCUUCGGGACGAACAACAAGAUCUUCCUGGAGUUUGAGCAGCCGUUCUGGCCACCGGACUGCCAGCUGAUCAAGGUUGUCUGGGAGGACGAGUCUCCUCUGGUAGAGGCUGGGACUGACCUGCAGGCCUGCUGGUUCAGAAAACUUACCUGCUUCUUAGUCCUCCAGCCACCGGAACGGUAUGGGCACGUCCUCUGUGGCUUUAUUCCUGGGAAGGAAUCUGAGUACAUGGAGACCCUCAGUGACGCUGAAGUUCUUACGGCCUUAACAGAUGUAAUCCGUAGACUAGCAGGCCCCCUUGCCGGGUGUUCAGCUGCUGUGUUUGUGGUUCAGGGAACCCUCACCUCGCCCCGCCGAAGAAGGUGCUGCGAUCUCAGUGGCACAGCGCUCCCUACACCAGAGGCUCCUACAGUUAUGUGGCCGUCGGCAGUUCAGGAGACGACAUUGACGCGCUGGCUCAACCCCUUCCCGAGGAUGCAGCUGACCCCUGGCCGCUGCAGGUUCUCUUUGCCGGAGAAGCCACGCACCGGACUUUCUACUCCACCACGCAUGGGGCCCUUCUGUCGGGCUGGCGGGAGGCCGACCGUCUGCUCAGCCUGUAUGACACGUCUGAAUCCCACCAGCACAAGCCUCAGCUCUGAUGCCGCUGCCGGGAUGCGGAGGUCUCUGGUUUCCAGCUCAUUCCUCAACCUCCAAUUCCUUCUGUCCCCUGCCGUUGCCAAGGGAAAGGGGUUAGUUUGUGUCUAGCUGGCGUGCCCGCUCUUUGUGGCUUGUCUCUCUGAUCUCCCUGCAAUCAGACUAAAGGCUGGGUGGCUGUAGGCUUGAACCCAGGGCAGGGGGCUGCAGCACCGCCACGGACGAGAGUGACUAGGGAAUUGAAAUGCCACCUAACUAUGCAAUGGAGUGCUGUCAGCAGAAACAAGUAAAUCUCUAUCGUUAGGGC